AUGGCGCAAGACGGUGGCGGACAGGCCGGUAUUACCAUGUCGAUGAACUGCCAGAAACAGGAUGAGGACCUUAUUUUAUCUAAAUACUCUACAUCAAAUAUUGCUCUAAACAAAACCACGUACAUGUCUAGUACCUUCAGUAAUUUCACCAGCUCAAAUAACGCCGUGGACGGUCAGAAGACAGACCUGUCAUACUUCGGGGGUCAGUGUGCAAUAUCAAAAAAUGAAUAUAAAACAGCUGAAUGGAGGGUGGACCUCGAGAAUCUCAGCAGCAUCAGUAACAUUACAAUCUACUUUAGGACGGAGAAUUUACCAUGGGAGUGUGACAGCGACAUGUACGGACCAGGAUGUAGCCUGACCUGUGGAGCCUGUAUUAACAACACACAGUGUCACCACAUCAACGGGAGCUGUCUACAGGGAUGUGGUCCGGGAUUUUAUGGUAGAAAGUGUGAUGAAGAAUGUCCUUUUGGUAAAUAUGGAAUCAAUUGUCAAUAUAACUGUAGUGCAGUCUGUAAAUCACCAUACAACUGUAGCAGAACCACAGGGGAGUGUGUGGACGGAUGUCAGCCUGGAUGGAAAGGAUUACAUUGUGAUCAGAAGUGUGACAAUAGAACAUUUGGACCAGGAUGUGGUCAUAAAUGUGGAGAAUGCAUCAAUAUUACUCAAUGUAACAACAUCAAUGGGAUCUGUGAAUUUGGAUGUGCACCUGGAUUCGUGGGUGUGACAUGUAACGAAGAAUGUCCAUUUGGAAAAUAUGGUAACAGCUGUGCAGAUAACUGCAGCAGGACUUGUAGUACACCACACAACUGCGAAGGAAGGACUGGAAAUUGCAUAGGUGGAUGUCAGAUGGGUUGGAAAGGCGUGCAAUGUGACCAAGUGGUAUGUGUCCUUGGGGAUGUACUAAUGGGUUCCAAGGCAUUAUUUGCAAUGAAGUGUUUCAGUGGAAUUGCAAUUGCCUAUGUUGACUUUAACUAUCGACAUCCUUUUUUAAACUAA